UACUGCGCAUGCGUGGAAAUUAGCCGGGUUCAGCGUUCUUUGUUUCGAUCCGCGAAUCUGCGGGCAAUCGCGCGUUCUAGCUAUGAGUAGGUUACUGUUCAGAUUGUUUCUCGUCUUUCUCGUCGUCGUGCCGUCGUCGAUUCUUCUUGCGAGACGAGAUGGAUCACAGAUUCUUGCAGAGGCGGCGGAAGAUCCUGUAGAGAACGAAGAGGAAGUAGCUGAUUCGAAAGAUGAGGAGGAAGACGAAGAAGAAACAACUGUAGAGGAUGAAUCAGACGGUGAAGAGAGUGAUGAAGGUGAAGAAACAGAAAAGGUUGGAGAUGUGGCUGAUAGUGAGGAGGAAGAGGGAGAAGAAAAGGAAGAGAAGAUAGCGUCUUCUCCAGAUGUUGAGACAAGCAUUCUCUUUACAACAGGCAGCGACAAAGACUUACCAGCCGGUGGAACAGUGAAAAUUAUUGUCGGAUUUCAGAACAACGGAACGGGCAAUUUUGUAAUCGAAAAUAUUGAUGCUUCGUUCAGGUAUCCACAAGAUUUCUCCUAUUUUAUUCAAAAUUUCACAACUCGUUAUUAUGACACGCUUGUGGAGCCGCAGUAUGAGACAUGUCUAGCGUAUGAAUUUAUGCCCAGCGAGACGUUUGGUUCUCGUUCGUUUGGUUUCACAGUUUUGGUGAACUACAAAGAUACGGAGGGAACCGAAUUCCAAGAUGCAGUUUUUAAUGAAACCAUCAACAUUUAUGAGCAAGAGGAAGGAAUAGAUGCUGAGACGUUCUUCCUGUACGUCUUGCUGAUGGCAGGAAUCGCUGUUGUUGGUUUGGUGAUAUACAAUUACCUGCCAACAUCAACGAAAAAGAAGCCACAGCCAACGAAACCUGUAGAGAUGGGCACUCAAGCGAAUGCCGACGUCGACCAGUCGUGGCUACCAAUGGAUCAUCUCAAACCUCACUCCAUCAGCAACAACACGUCACCUCGUGUUCGAAGGUCGCCGAGGAACAAGAAACCAAAGAGUUGAUUUGAUUGCCGUUUUGUGCGGGCACGAUUAGAUGUAACGCUGCAGACAAACCUCCGUAGCAUUCCGGUUUUAAUGCGGCCUCUCUAGUCCAUGUACAGUGUUGGCAAUGGAAUGUGAGAAUGUAAUGUUGUUAGGGAUUGA